AUGGCUGCGAACAUUAGCGGUAGCAACAUUACCAACGCAACUACUUAUACCGACUUCGAAAAUCAGUGGCAAAUACUGUUAAGUGUGUUCAGGGGAAACCAGGUGUUUACAUCUGUUGUAGGUUCAGUUGUAAAUCUAUGGUUCCUUGCGGCCAUUUUGAGUUCACCCGAAGUUAGGUCUCGACUCCGUAACAAGAUCAUCUGCAAUCGUUUCAUUCUGCAUCUUUUGAACUGCACAAUCAUUUUACCCAACUCAAUCCACCUUACUGGCCAGAGAAUCAUAAGCUGUCUACACUACGCAAUUGUUGACAACCUUGUUCUCAUGCACCAACUUAUUGCUAAUUGGCUGCUGGUGAUGCUGCUGGCCGUUUUCAUUGCCCAAAUCGAGGGUUUCAAUCCACGAACCAGGCUCAGCCCUAAGUCUGCAAUACUAGGCACAGCAGUGCUGUUGGUUUUUCCUUGGAUCGCUUCGCUAGUCAUUGUUCCAGUUAUUAUACAUGAAUACACUAAGCAUCUCAAAACAUCCUGGGCGUGUUUUUUUACUGCUGGCUUGGACUCGUUGCAGGUGUUCAGAUCUAUUGACACUGCUCUUCCCAUCUUCCUGGCUGUUCUUCUUGUCAUAAUCGCUGCGGUUUUGAGGCGUCGACGCUUUGCUCUGGGAAACACGUCCGGGUCCAUCCAAGCCGAGCUGUUUGAGCCUGGACCAGAGAUCGACAACACUCUUCCUUACGUCGUUGCUGUGGUUGUCUCCACAGCGUGUGAUCUGCUUCGGUUGAUUCUGGAUCUAAAUCACCCCACAUUUGCAGACGAGUUCUGGCCUUUUAUGCGUACAUGGGUCGCCGCGACGAUCCUCAAUGAAUCGCGAGCUCUACUGAUGCCCAUCACGUUUCUGCUUCUGCCUGAUAUCAGACAACGAAUCAAAACGUGGAGACCUUGGCCGUCUGCUCGAACGGAUUUAACGGUGACCUUCCAUAAAGAGACCAACUAA